GCUGUUGGUGAAUGGGGAUGAAGGUUCUGUUAUUGAGCUUUGGGCUGGCCUUGGUCAUUGCUGUCCAGGCAGAACGUGGUCUGCAGGAUGACUUCAAUGACCGCAAGUUCGAAGGUCCCUGGCGCUCCCGUUACUUGGCAUCGGACAACCUACCACUCAUCGAAGUCUACGGCCACAUGAGAGUGUUUGUCGUCAAUGUCGCCCGCACCGUCGAGGGAAAUCUGGACUUCACCUUCAAUGAGAGGAUAAAUGGCACAUGUAAGGAAUUUCACCUGAUCAUGCAGAAGACUGAAACUCCAGGCCGCUAUACAGUUUCCUAUUUUGGAGAGAACAUCGUUGCUGUUGUGAAGACAGAUUACCUAUCCUAUGCUAUUCUUUAUGGACAAAACAACAAUGAAGGAGAGGUCUACAAACUGAUUCAAUUCCUAGUCAGACCCAUGAAGGAGAACCAAAAAGGUCAGAAGAAUUUUGAAGACUUCUGUACUGAUGAGGGAAUUCCUUCCAGUGGGAUACUGAACAUUCCAGAAUCUGAGCGAUGCCCCUGAGCCGGAGCUUAGGUGAGAAAAUUCUGCUACCUCUGAAGAAGAAUCAGACUCAAGCACACAUUCAUGCUAAGUUAAAUAAGCAAAAGAAUCAAGACUAAUUUAACUCAUCAUCGAAUGGCUCUAAGCCAAGCCUACGGCUCCAGUAUGUUACACUGUAAGCUCAUCCUCUACACUGUAAGCUGAUGGGCAGGGAAUGUAUCUGUUUACUGUCCUAUUGUAC